AUGUUGAUGGAUAUUGCUGUACAAUUAACAAGAAGUGUUUUGAUUUUAUUGAUCAUUUUCGGAACAAUCGGUAAUACUCUCAAUUUAUUUAUCUUUACUCGUCCAAAACUUUUACGUUCAUCAUGUACAUUAUAUUUUAUUGCUGUUUCAAUUGACAAUAUUCUAGCAAUUUAUCUAGCAGUACUCUAUAGACUCCUAAUUGAUGGAUUUUCUAUUGAUGUUGGAUCUUUAUCACCAAUUAUAUGUAAAUUGAGAGCUUAUUUUGGUUAUAUGGCUUUAUCUUUAUCACCUUAUCUUUUUAUAUUAGCUUGUUUUGAUCGAUAUUGUUCGAGUUCACCAUCGAUAAUACAUCGUUCUUGGAGUAAUAAAAAAAUAGCAAAACGAUGUAUUUGUGGAGCAAUUGCUUUAGUUGCAAUACUCUAUUCACAUAUGGUUAUAUAUUUUGAAACUCAAUCAAAUGGAUCAAAUAUAAUUUGUUAUCCUCAACAAGGAAUAUAUGAUUCAUUUUGGAGAAUAUUUUAUUUAGUGAUCUAUUGUUUUUUUCCAUCUAUGUGUAUGAGUUUAUUAUGUUUACUUAUAGCGAUAAAUAUUCGUCAUUAUUCACGUCAAAUUGAACCGGCAUUAGCCAAUGUUAGCGAUCUUCAUCGACGUUUGGAUCGUAAUUUAAUUCGAAUAUUGUUUUCACAUUAUUCAACACAAACUUUAUGCAUAUUACCAUUUGCUAUUGUUAAUCUUCUUGGCAUGUUUAUUAAUAGAAAUACACUUAUAUAUAGUUUCUUUUUAAGAAUUUUGACACUUCCAUUAUUCGCAAGUUAUACAACAAAUUUUUAUGUAAAUACAAUGUCAUCUCGAAUUUAUCGACGGGAACUUAUCAAAUUAUUUUCAUCGUGUAAAUGGAAACUAUUUAGAGAUGACCGAAAUUGGUUUGUAUCAUAUGUUGAUAAUUUAAUCUUUCUUCAAUCACAAGCAGCAAAUAAUGGUAAAGAUAGAACUACAAUUGAAGAUGAUAUACCACUUGUUGUUACUCAUCCAAAAAUAAUAAUUUCAUAUCAAUGGGAUUAUCAAAAAGAUAUUGGUUAA